UGUGCUACGUAUCAGUAAUUUCGUCAUGCCACCGAAAUCGGUUUAUGAAAUUCGAAACAACUACGAAAUAAUGUUUUGGUUGACGAGAAAUGAAUCCGAUCUGGAAUGGAAUCCGCAGAUUCGGCACCCUGGAGGGCAAUCAGUACUUUAGGAACCUAAAAUCUGGUUACGACAAAAUUCUGCAAACGAUGAAUGUAAUUGAACUGCAAAAUGGCGACGGUCUUGCGGAACUUACAAUUUCCAAAGACCACGUCGGUCGUCGAAAUACAGCAGAGGGUGGUUUCCUGACAGGUCUCGUCGAUACGUUCACCUCUUUGGCGCACUUAACGCACAGCAACUGCUGCUUUCAGGCGAAUGUUACCGCGGAUAUUCACGUGAGCUUCGUGAGGGAUAUUCCUUUGGGGAAAGUAAUACAGAUUGAAGCCAAAACGGUUAAGUGCGGACAAAACCUCGCGUUUUUGGAGUGUAGGAUAACCGACAAGGAGACGGGGGAACUGUGUGCAAAAGUACGUCAUACGAAGUACAUGUUGUAGGAUGUUGAUUAAAUUAAUUUAACUGACAGAUUUCUUGAAAUCGAUUUUUGAAGCGUGUUAAAUUUGAUUUUUCGAUUUUUUUUUGAUUCCAUAGUUCAAAUUCUAUCAGAUUGUACCACUUCUUGGUGGAUCUAUGAAAAGUUGUGCUUUGGUUGAGUCAAGUGUGCUUUUUUUAAUUGAUAAACAUUUUUUACGACGUCACAUCUUUAUAGUAAAAUGAUUAGGCUUAUAUUUGAGAGAUUAAAGAGUUUUUUUGUGUGUGGGAG